UAACAUUUCAAUUUGAGUUACUCCAUGAGUAUAAUAUUAAGGCAUAAUAUUUGAUACCCGUAUUUAAAAACGACUCAGUAUUAAUGAAAGAUUGUCCUGCUUGGUGUUAAAUCCAGUUCCCCUUGAUCAUAUCAGACGCCCCUGUCUGUGAGAUCAGUAAGUUUAGAAGCAACUUGCUAUACAUUAUUAGCCAUUUUCUGGGACAGUGACAUUAAUCCCUGGUGGCUCAGAAUUCCUGCUUUCCUAACAAAUACGUCUCCACCUUUGCAGUUCCCCUUUAACGGACUGAACAUGGAGCAUCUGUGUGAAUUUAUCAAGCAUUCGAGGGCGAUUUUUCCACCCAAAGUCCCUGCUGAUUUCUCAUCCACAACAAAAGGACUUUUGGCCAAAUUCCCUGAGAAUCGCCUGGGAUUCAACGGAGCUGAAGAAGUGAAGCAAAGCCCGUUGUUCUGUAAAAUCAAUUUUGAUGGCCUCUUGAAUAAAAAAGUGACACCACCAAUCAUCCCAGCUGUCCAAAGCUCAAGCGAUAAUGACACAAACCUAAUGGUAACUCUGUAUGGGCGUAAAGCAGUUAUACCAGACUCCGUCAGUGAAGCCCUCCAGAACUUUGAUUAUUAUGUUGGCUGAAUGUGAGAAGAGACACUUGAAUAUUAAAGAAAUGCCAUCCGCCCCUCAACCAGGAAUGAAGCAGCCGGCUAAAGGAAGCCUGGGUAAAUAUGGACGUUUGCUUUUGGGAACACUGAUUGUAGAAACAUCUUCAGGAUUAAUAAUGUUCACCCAUUACAGAAGGUGGAGGGUAACAGCUGGGGGAUGUCCCAUAGAUCCCUUUGAAUACUGGUCUUUAGGAUAAGAGAGACUUGAUAGGAUGGUGAUUUAUAGUGAAGGUCACUAUUUCUUCCCAUUAUCCUUUAUCUCCCUUUAUUCUCUCCUCUCUGUUAUUCUUUCCCAUUUUGCUACUUUCUUUUGUGCUUUUUAUGUUAGAAUCUUCUGCUUUCCUUCACCUAUUAUUAUCACAUUAGUUCUCCGCUCUUGUUCUCCAGGCUGCCAUAUUUGUAAGAAACAUUCAGAAUGCAUUAUUUAUUUAUUUCUGUUUAAUCUUAACAGCAAACCAGCGACAGCAACUCCCGCAACUGUGAAUCCUAUUUGCAAUACGUCACAGAACGACUCUUCAUAGCGGUGACAUGUCCAUGGAACUUCCAACUCAAACUUCCACUGCAGCCCCAAUUGGUGCUUCCUAACCAUUAAAAUGCUUUUACAAUAA